CCAAAGGUUAAUAUUCCUUUAUUGUAUCGAGUCAAUCCUGUCAUACACGCAAAUCGAAGAAAUKGCCCAUGUUCAUUUUUCAAGUCUUAAAGUGUGGUAAGGUCCGAACAAAGACACACUACUGCACUUGAGAAGUGACCUUGGAACACUGGGUCAAGGUAAAUUUGUAUUUAUUAAAAAGAGAAAGAUUUUGGUUGAAAUGCCAUCUUGUAAACGACCUUAAACACAGUAGAUUCACAUCCAGAUGACGAACUAUCUAAGAUACCUUCGAGCUCUUCCAAGCUUCAUCUAUGGCGUCUUGUGCUUUUGUGCCAUCAUCGUCUGGGUGCUCAUCGCCAUCUUGACGCUUCCUCUUUACUGUCUAUUUCGACUGUUCAAGUUCAUUCAAGGCAAAUUUGUCGCGUAUUACAAUGUAGGACAUCUUCUCGCCUACAAGGACGUACCAUUCCUGCACGAGACUGAAAACAAUAGAAACUUUAUCAAUGGCUUGUUUGUGAUUAAUGGUAAACCAGACAUUGACCAAAUACGACAGCUUCUAAUGGAGAGAAUUAUACUUCACUGUGAAGAACCAACGUACAUUCACAUGCAACAAAAAAUUGUUAAGCAGUACGGACGCUAUAUUUGGCAGAAUGAAGAUAAUUUUGAUAUCAAAAGACACGUUGUAUUUUAUGAUGGACAAUCMCCGUGUAAUGAAGCCGAGUUGCAAGAUAUAUUAAGUGAUCUUGCUUCGUCUUUUAUCCCUGAUGAUAUCUCUCCGUGGAUGUUUGUCCUUGUACCACUCAACAUGGAGAAAGAACAGUUUGCUGCUUGUAUGCGCAUCCAUCAUUCGCUUGGAGAUGGUUUUGCACUUGUUGGUCUUAUAGCACGCAUCGUUGAUCGUAAACCUGAGCUGUUGAGAGUACAAAAACCCGUGGCUACCCCCUGUGACAAACAGAAACAAGUCUGGAAAGUAGUAUUGACGGGUCCGCUGGCUCUGCUCAGCCUAGCACUGGCUCAUUCCACCAAAAAUCCUUUCUCUGCUAAAGUUAAGUUAUCCGGAGAGAAAUUAUUCAGUUGGACCAAGCCCGUCUGCAUGGAAAAAAUCAAAGAAAUUAAGACACUUACAGGUACGACCGUAAACGAUGUUCUUUCAGCKUGCGUUGCUGGUGCUCUGCGCCGCUAUCUCAAAUCCGAAGGCCUCGACUAUCCAACCGACAUGCAAAUCGUUGUAACAAUAAACACGCGUUCACCUCGGGUCCUGUCUCAAGAUAGCAUCCCWUUAGAAAACCACUCGACUGGCUUGCUUUGUUCUCUUCCUGUAGGAAUUAUUGACCCUCUUCAACGUAUCUACGAAACCAAACAUCGWAUGGACGACGUGAAGGCCUCGUCUGAUUGGAAGAUCUUCGGCUGGAUCUUCGACUAUAUCCUUGGAACACUACCCGAGUCUAUAGGUAGAUUCUCCUCGUACUCACUUAAUCGGCAUUGYUGUCUAAUCCUGAGUAAUGUCCCAGGCCCCUUAAGUGAGCUAGAGUUAAAUGGAAGUGCUAUCGAAACCGUCAUAGCCUGGCCACCAUUGAUGAGCGACACKAGUAUGUCAAUGUCUGUUUUUAGUUAUGCGGGCAAACUGCGCAUGAGCGUGAUGACGGACAGGGCAGUGAUWUGYAAUCCUUCAAAACUUACAGAAAUGUUUAUUGACGAGUUUGAUUAUAUGUAUGCAAAGGCGAUCUCUUGUAAGCCGAAUAGCUGAUUAACGGUAGUGAGCAUGCGCAAUGUUAAUAAGGAUAGUAAUCCAUUGAUUUGCGAGUCGAUCGCACAUGGUUGUUUCCUUGACCGUACUGUACUGUAAUCGUCAUCUUUUGGAUUUUAUCAAUAGACCCCUUGCAUGUGACGUCAAAGCAGCUUCAUCUGGAGGACAAAACAAAAGAUUUUUGCCCCCUUGGGAACUAGAAUCCAUUGUUUUGUCCUCCAGUUGGAGCUGCAUUCCCAUGAACUGCAAGGGGUCUAUUCUUGAUUUUUCUUUGGCGCGUCACGACAAGGCAAGCUUUCCUGACUAAAGUAAAGUCCGGAACAGUGUGUUUUCCAUGCCGUGAUCACUGAUGUUGUGCAUACAUGCGGAAUCUGGCCUUGUACACUAAUGAAAUACAUAGCCACGGAAGAAAGUAGUAUGCCACAGGUCUUUGCAGGCUACUCGGCUACGAACCUGAGUAAGCAAAUUUUUCCUGUUUUAUUUGUUCUUUAAAAUCAUUAAUUUAUGUUCUUUUUGGGGAUUACAUUAUAAUCCAAUUUAUUUCAGAUUGCAUCACAUUACAAAUUAACUUAUAUCUAUCUAUUACAAAUAAAUAUAUUUUUUAUUCAAAUAAUAAUCAUAAUUGCAUUUUACAUCAGAUUGCUCUGAUCGCAGUAGUGAAAUCGCGAACCUGUUCGAAGUUGGAUAUUAUAAUGACGGCUAUACAAAAACUCCACUGAUUCAAACGUUGUAUCUGACAUGUGCCCGGAAUGUGGCCGUCAGUAUCAUCUCGUUUAUUGCAUAAUAUGCAGCACAGACGUUUUAAAACAGCCGCAGUAGCACUAAUUGUAGAAAUGACGCGGGUUUUUGUAGAGAUAUAUCUUACAUAUCCGAAAAUAAGAAACGCGAAACAAAAUCAUGCGAUGUAACAGCAGUUAUAUACAAUAAAGUAAUUCUAUACUUUUCUAGAUAUCUUUAAUUUCUUUUAUUCAGUUUCGUAUUUUUUUAUAUGUGACAAGGUCAUGAUUCCCAUAUUUGGAAAUUGCGUGAGCGAUCACGUUUGUAGCGCGCGCUUUGCGCAAGUAAAUCAGUUCUGCUCCAGA